GUACUGCGGCUCAGAGUUCACACAGGGGUGACUGUAAGAGCUGUUUUUAUAUGUAGGACCAAGAGACCUUUUUUUUUCUGUCUAUACAAACUUUUUUAUUUUAAUGAAACACACUUUCAGAGCCACCCUCGAGUCUGUACAGAUUAUACGCGCUGUAGUUUGGGAUGAGUGUUGCGCGCCUGUAAAUCACACCGGAUUUAUUCUGGGAGGACUGUCAUCAUCAUCAUCAUCAUCAUCGACUGGGAAUCGCUCACAUUUCCAGCCGGAACAUGCUACAAAAUGGAAGAACCAAAGACGAGCAGCCAGAGACGAAAUCAGAAACGGAAAGCGAGAGUAGGAGUGAAAGCGCAGAGACCAAGCCGGAGAAGGAGCGCGAAUCCAUACACUUCCCCAUGCCUAACCCGAACCCUGCUGCUGGAUACCCCAAACUGGAGAUAAAGCGCAACGCCGUGACGGACGACUACAAGAUCUCCACUCAUGUCCUCGGUCUGGGGAUCAACGGCAAAGUGCUGGAGUGUUUUAACAAGAAAACCGGGGAGAAGUGCGCUCUGAAGAUUCUGUACGACAGCCCGAAAGCGCGCCGCGAGGUGGAGUUGCACUGGCGCGUCUCCAGCGGGCCGCACAUAGUGCGGAUCCUGAGCCUCUAUGAAAACAUGCACCACGGGAAAAAGUGCCUGCUCAUUAUCAUGGAAUGUAUGGAAGGAGGAGAGCUCUUCAGUAGGAUUCAGGCCAGAGGAGACCAGGCCUUUACUGAGAGAGAGGGCUCUGAGAUCAUGCGAGACAUCGGCACUGCCAUCGAGUAUCUGCACAACAUGAACAUCGCACACAGAGACAUCAAGCCGGAGAACCUGCUCUACAACAGCAAAGACUCCAACUGCGUGCUCAAGCUCACAGACUUCGGCUUUGCGAAGGAAACCACGCUGCACAACCCGCUGCAGACGCCGUGCUACACGCCAUACUACGUCGCGCCUGAGGUUCUCGGACCUGAGAAAUACGACAAAUCGUGUGACAUGUGGUCUCUGGGUGUGAUCAUGUACAUCCUGUUGUGUGGCUUCCCACCGUUCUACUCUAACACGGGUCAGGCGAUUUCCCCCGGCAUGAAGCGGCGCAUCCGCAUGGGCCAGUACGAGUUUCCCAACCCUGAGUGGGCUGAGGUGUCAGAGGAAGCUAAACAGUUGAUUAACCAGCUGCUGAAGACUGACCCUAAUGAGAGGAUGACCAUCUCACAGUUCAUGAACCAUCCCUGGAUCACACAAUCCAUGGUGGUUCCCCCAACACCACUGCACACCACACGCGUCCUCACUGAGGAGAAAGAGCUGUGGGAUGAAGUGAAGGAGGAGAUGACGAGUGCUCUUGCCACCAUGCGUGUGGACUACGACCAGGUGAAGAUUAAGGACUUGGACACAUCCAGCAACCCGCUGCUCAACAAGAGGAGGAAGAAAGCGGCAGCGGCCGGCGGAAAGGGCGGAGCCACUGUCUGUAACAGCCAAUGAGGUCUGAAGGAGAGAAAGAAAGAUGAGGAAAAAGGGACAGAUUUAUAGAUGAGUGAUGCACGGAGGGGUGGAGAGGGAAGCGAAAGUGAGGACAGAAUGAGGACAUCAGCAUAACCAGCACAUCAUACACACACACACACACACACGUGUGUGUAGACGGUUAGAUUUGUAUUCUUACAGAUGUGGUGUUCAUAUUUUUUAAAAAUAUUUGUAACACAUUCAGUUGCAACUGUGUGUUUUAGAUAUGUGUGUGUGUGUGUGUGUGUGUGUGCGUGUGUGUGGUGCAUUCACAAGGCACUUGAGUUUAUUAAUACGGAAGUUUUCCCUGGACACUACGCACAGUCAGCACACUGCCAGUGUAAAGGUGAUCCUUCCUCACUGCCUCCUCUUCCUCGUCGACACUCAAUGGGAACACACACGUCAAAGGACACACUCUUUAGAAGGACAGAUUGUGUGUGUGUUUUGUACUUCAUGCGUGGGUUGCUGCAUCACCAUCUUCAUCAUCAUCAUCAUCAUCAUCAUCAUUACAGCACAGGAUGCUCUGUUUGAAUUUGUCUGUUAGCCCCUCUUUUUUAUUCAGAAAAGUUUUUAUUUUCCGUGGUUUGUUAUGACCCUUUCCGCAAACAUCGUGGCCAAAAUAAGAAGGGAUUUUUAUUUUAUUUUAUUUUUUGCUGUUGUUUGAGUCUUUUAUUAUGACUUUGCUAAAUAAGAUUUAUCAGAGAGCAGCCACUGUAUUUAAGGCAACAUUGUUUUAAUAAAAAAAAAUAAUAAAUCA